AUGGGAGACGAGGCAAAGACCCUCAGCGUAGACGAAGUGGCCCAACAUAACACGGGCGAAAGCUGCUGGGUUACUCUCUACGGCACCGUAUAUGACGUGACGGGCUUUCUCGACGAGCAUCCGGGAGGCUCCAGAGCCAUCCUGCGCCUGGCCGGCAAGGACGCCACCGAGGAGUUUGACCCCAUCCACCCUCCUGGCACCUUGGACGAGGAGAUGGUAGGGGUAACAAAGGUUGGCACCAUCGACACCUCGGCGAUGCCCAAGCAUCCCUCGAAUAGCGAAGAGCGGAAAAAGGAGAUUGAGGAGUCGGACCGGGACCCGCCCCUCGAGUCCCUCUUGAACCUUGACGAACUCGAGGCUCUAGCAACCAAAAAGAUCUCCAAGAGGGCCUGGUCUUACUACUAUUCUGCCGGCGAUGAUCUGUGGUCCAAGAGCUUCAACAACCAAGUCUACCGCCAAAUCCUCCUCCGGCCCCGCGUCUUCAUCGACUGCACGGCCUGCGAUCUCUCUACCACGUUCCUGGGCAACAAGGUAGACCUCCCCAUCUUCAUAUCGCCUGCCGCCAUGGCCCGGCUUGCCCACCCCGAUGGCGAACACGGCAUCGCCAAGGCCGCGGCCAAGUUCGGCGCCAUGCAAAUCAUCUCCAACAACGCCUCCAUGACCCCGGAGCAGAUUGUGGACAACGCGGCCCCCGGCCAAGUCUUUGGCUGGCAGCUCUACGUGCAAAAGGACCGCAGCCGAAGCGUCGCCAUGCUCGACCGCAUCCACAAGCUGCGCGAGCAUAUCAAAUUCAUCUGCCUGACCCUUGACGCACCCGUGCCCGGCAAGCGCGAGCACGAUGAGAAGAUGCAGUUCGAGGGCGUUUUUGACGUCAGCGUCAGCGGCAAGGGCGACUCUGACAAGAGGCCCGGUGGCGGCGGCGUCGGGCAGCAGCUGUUCUGGGGUACGGCCGGCGACCUCACGUGGAAGACGACCUUGCAGUGGCUCUCCAAGAACACGGAUCUGCCCAUCGUCCUCAAGGGCGUGCAGACCCACGAGGACGCCUACCUCGCCGCCCAGUUCGCCCCUCAGGUCCAGGCCGUACUGCUGUCGAACCACGGCGGAAGAGCCCUCGAUACCGCGCCGCCGGCCCUCCACACCCUCCUCGAGAUUCGCAAAUACUGCCCCGAGGUCCUCAACAAGAUCGAGGUUUGGGUCGACGGCGGAAUUAGGCGCGGGACCGACGUCGUCAAGGCCCUGUGCCUCGGAGCCAGGGGCGUUGGACUCGGACGAGCCGCUUUGUUUGGCCUUGGAGCCGGUGGUCAAGCCGGUGUCGAAAGAACCUUAGAAAUUGCCAUGACAGUCCUCAAAGCAGAGACCGAGACGUGCGUGCGGCUAUUGGGAGUCGAGUCGGUCCAUCAGCUUGGCCCACGAUUUGUCAACACCAGUGUCGUCGAGAGGGACAUCUACAACGGGCCCAGCGGUCUUGACAUUGCGGGACUUUGGACGGGGCCGACGCCAAAGCUUUAA